AUGACGGGUUUUGUAGAUGACGCAAGACAAAACUUGGAGCGAAUCAGCGAGGUUGAAAGACUUUUCGGAUUUUCAUCUAAUAAACUAGUGGUAGCAAAUCGUGUCUUAGUCGGGGAGGGUGUACUGACAAAGAUUUGCAGAAGAAAACCCAAACUCAGACACUUUUUUCUUUUUAAUGACGUCUUGAUCUAUGGUAGGAUCGUAGUUAACAGAAAAGUUCUUCGUAAUCCUCAAUUUAUUGAUCUUGCUGAUGUCUCUGUAAAGAAUGUCCUCGACAAUGGGAUAUACCGGAACGGGUUUUCAAUUCUUAGUCCUAGGAAAUCUUUUACUGUCUACGCAAGCACAUCUGAAGAGAAAGCACAGUGGAUAGUUCAUUUAAGGAAAUGCAUUUCAGAUUCUAUUCCUUCAGCUAUGCACUCUGAUUCAGUCAAAAAGUCCCCAAUUUGGAUCCCAGAUUCUGAAGCAUCACAUUGCAUGGUGUGCGGUGCUACUGAAUUUAACUUGGUUCAUCGUCGGCAUCAUUGUCGACAUUGUGGAAAAGUUGUUUGUGAUAAGUGUUCUACUUACCGGUGGAUAUUACCUUAUCAAGGUUCAUCACGUGUACGUGUCUGUUCACUAUGUCAUGCUGACUUGUUAAUUGAAAAAACUGGCUCAUCUUGUAGUAAUGAACAACGGCAGCAUCAGCAUCAUCAACAGUCUGAUAAUACCCAAGAUGGCAAGAAUUCACCUGUCCAUACUAACACUACUAUUGUAUCGAACAAUAAAGCAAAUCCAAUCAGCGAAGCACAUGUAAAUCCUAUUAUUUUAGCACCAACUUUUCUUGGCAAUGUAAAUACACUGAAUGAUGAAUUAAAUACUGAAAGUGAUACAGAAUCGGAUACAAAUGAUGAGGAAAAAAUAGACAGAUUGGUACACUGA